AUUGGCAAGCACGUCGCAAUUGAUACAGAACUAAUUCUUUCCUUUCGCAGGACUUCUAAUGUUAUGCACACGAUGAACUACGCAACUUCGGCCCCUGCUGCCACUGCCGGUGGUCAGCAAAAUGGACCUGUACGACGGACUGACCACAUUCUCAUAGNNCCUGUAUGCCAGAACUGCGGUACAAGCACCACUCCGCUAUGGCGUCGCGACGAGAUGGGCUCUGUCCUGUGCAAUGCUUGCGGUCUCUUCCUCAAGUUGCAUGGUCGCCCUCGUCCCAUCAGUCUCAAGACAGACGUGAUCAAGAGCCGUAACCGUGUCAAGACGGCCACUGGUCCCAAGAAGAAGCCCUCCCUUGAAUCGCCCGGCUUCCACCACGAUGUCAACACACCUAUGGGUGCCUACCCUCCUCACCGUCGUCACUCCGAUCGCGUUUCGUCUGGCGAACACCAGCGCUCUCCCUCACCUUCAUCUCGCACAAACACCCCCGGCAUGGUCUCGCAUCACAAUCCCAACAUUGCUCCCCAACACGUCUUCGAUAAUGUUUCCCUCUCUGAGUCCUCCUUCCAACCUGCUGGCCUGCCUACCUUUGCCCUUCGCCAACCAUCCCCUGCACCUUCGGUCAAUGGAAUGCACCCCGAACACGGACACCAGUACCCUGAGAACAACAGCUCUCUCAAGACACGUGUGAGCGAGUUGGAAGUCAUCAACGACCUGUUCCGCGGUAGAGUCGCCGAGCUCGAACAGAGCGAGCAAGACGCUCGUGCAAAGGAAGCAUCAGCCCGUGACGCUGCAGACCAGUACAAAGCCGACCUCGACGCUGCCUUGGUCCGCGAGGCCGCUCUCAAGAAGAGACUCGAGCUCCUCGAGGCCGAAGUCGAGUCCUACAAGUCACAAGCAGCCCCACCACCUAAGCGUCUCCGUCUGAGUGACGUUGUCCGCGACGACAGCUCGUCCACCGACUCAAAACCUGCUGCAUCUGCUGACUCGACUACUGCUGCUGCAGCUGCUUAG